UGACAUGCCCAGGCCGGUUUGAGUAGGCGCUUAGGGCCGAUGUGCGACUUCAGAAGGUAGAGAGACAGCGCCUGAUACGGUCCGCUCCUGUAUACACUAGAGGAUAAGUGCUGGCAGAACUAUGAUGAUGAAGGUUUGGCUGCUGGUUGUGUUCACCGUCGUGAGUGGCCCAGACUCACUAGUCCGCGUGGCGUCCCUCCCUAACGCCAGAUAUACAACCUCGGACCCGGGCAGGGAGCGGCCAGGGUCAGCGGAAGACGAGCCCACAGAUGUGUCGAAUAUAGCGAUCAUCGACGGUCCGGACUGGAAUGAGACUCAGCGCACGACCGAGCACCCCCGGAGUAAGCGGCAGGACCCGGCCAUGGCGUACUACGAGCGGCUCACGGACCACUGCGGCGUCGACAACGAGGCCGACUUCACGCCGCCUCUGACCGGGGACGACGCCGCCAGAAGGAAAAGAUACGCAUUAGUAGGGUCCAAAUGGAAGCGGACGGACCUGACGUUCCGGAUCGUGAACAGACCCAGGUACAUCUCUGAGAAGGAGCUGAGGCGGGUCAUCCUGCGGUCCCUCAAGCUGUGGACAGACGUCACUCCGCUCACCUUCCGGGAGGUCGUCAACGGGGACGCCGACAUCAUGUUCGAGUUCCACCGCGGGGACCACAACGACGGACAUCCUUUCGACGGGCUGGGAGGUAUAUUCGCACAUGCCUUCUUUCCUGAGAACGGCGAUGUCCACUAUGACGCAGACGAGCCGUGGACCACUGAUUCUCGCUAUGCCUCCUCCAAGAAAGACCUGUUCCUGAUAACAGCACACGAGGUCGGACACAGUCUGGGUCUGGGUCAUUCCCAGCUGUUCGGUGCCCUGAUGAGAAGGUCCUACCAGGAUAUCGCGCAGAACGGGGACUUGUACCGGCUGCCUUCUGACGACGAGAGAGGGGCGCUGGCUGUGUACGGUGACUGUCCGAAGAUUUCCUGGUGGUCGAAUCACGUGGUGGGCACUAAGAUGGACAUAGGCCGUUACGACCGCUACUUUAAGAGACCGUAUACCAUCUGCAAGAACGAAUAUGACGCAAUUAUGCUGGGUGUAGACAGGUUCACCUACGCCUUCAGGAAGAGUUUCUUCUGGCGGAUAACGGACGUGGGGAUCCAGGGGAGACCGCAGAAGAUCAACAGGCGGUGGAAAGAGCUCGGUCCGGGGAAAGUCGAUGCCGCGGCGACAUCGAGGGCGACGCAUCGGACUUAUUUCUUCAAAGGUUUCUCUCUUCGAAUUCUUUUGGCCAGUACAGUACAGACCCACUUUUGA